AUGUCAAGUUCAAGCUUCUCCAGCAUCAUCAGCAACUUGAAGCCUGACUUGCUGAUAUAUGAUGGGUUCCAGCCCUGGGCUCCCAAACAUGCUUCAUCACAAGGUAUACCUGCCGUUUUGUUUGCUACUUCUGGGGCAACAAUAAUGUCAUUUUUCCAUCAUGGUUAUACACACGGGAAUGAUGAGUUCCCUUUUCCCGCAAUAUAUCAGCGGGAUUACGAACUAAAGGAUCUGAAAGCUCAAGCAGAAUCAAUAAAAGUUAAAGAUGCAGAAGAAGGUUUUGCAUUUGGGAUUUUCAAACAAUCUCGUGACAUUGUUUUGAUCAAGACCUGUAAAGGAAUAGAGGAGAAAUACAUUGAUUAUCUUUCGAUCUUGUGCCAAAGAAAAAUGGUUCCUGUAGGCCCUCUUGUUACACAUGCUAAAAAUAAAGAGGAAAAUUCAGAAAUCAAGAAAUGGCUGGGUACAAAAGAUCAGUUUUCUACUGUGUAUAUUUCCUUUGGCAGUGAAAAUUACUUGUCCACGGAACAGAUGGAAGAAAUAGCAGUAGGGUUAGAGUUAAUCAAUGUAAACUUUAUAUGGGUUGUUAGAUUUCCUGCUGGAAAUGACGUAAGAGUCGAUGAAUUCUUGCCAGAGGGAUUCCUCGAAAGGGUGAAAGAGAGGGGGAAAAUUCUGCAGGGAUGGGCACCACAGGCAGAAAUCUUGGCACAUUCAAGUAUUGGUGGUUUUAUGAGUCAUUGUGGAUGGAGUUCUGUAAUUGAGACCAUUUAUUUUGGGGUUCCACUUAUAGCCAUGCCUUUGAAACUUGAUCAGCCUAUAAAUGCUAGAAUGAUAGUCGAGGGUGGUGCGGCCGUGGAGGUCGCGAGAGAUGAAGAUGGACGGUUUCGGGCAGAAGAGGUGGCAAAGGCUAUAAAGACGGCGGUUUUGGAGAAGUGUAGUGGGGAAGGUUUAAGGUCUAAAGCUUUGGAAUUGAGCCAGAAAAUGAAAAUGGAGGAAGAAGAAGCCAUAAAUGAAGCAGCAGAUCAGCUAUGGAAGAUUUGUAUGAAAAAUCAUGACAAUGUGCAAUUUUCUUGA